AUGGGGUUUGCAAGUAGUUUUUGGGCUACUUCCUUUCUUCUGGUUUUGGUUGCCUCUGUGGCUCGUGGGGAUCCUCUUGUUCCAGCACUCAUCAUCUUUGGAGAUUCAGUUGUUGACGUGGGUAACAACAACAACCUAACUACACUCAUCAAGGCAAACUUUCCUCCUUAUGGAAGAGAUUUUGUAACUCACAGACCAAGUGGAAGAUUCUGUAAUGGAAAGCUAGCAACAGACUUCACAGCUGAAUACCUAGGCUUCACCUCAUACCCACCAGCUUACCUUAGCCCAGAGGCCAGAGGAAGUAACAUGCUAACUGGAGUUAACUUUGCCUCAGCUGCUUCUGGUCUUUUUGACGGGACAGCCCAGUUAUAUAGUGCCAUUUCAUUGACCAGGCAGUUGAGUUACUACAGGGAGUAUCAAAUGAAAGUUGUGAACAUGGCUGGAAGAGCCAGAGCCAAUGACAUAUUCUCUGGUGCUAUCCAUCUUUUGAGUGCAGGGAGUAGUGAUUUUAUUCAGAAUUAUUACAUCAACUUAGUCCUUAGAGGACUCUACUCAGUCGAUCGAUUCUCAGACCUUCUCAUGAGUUCCUACUCUACUUUUAUUCAGAAUCUCUAUGGACUUGGAGCAAGAAGGAUUGGAGUGACAACCCUUCCUCCAACAGGGUGUUUGCCUGCCGCUAUUACCCUCUUUGGUGCAGGAAGCAACCAGUGCGUUGAGAGGCUAAACCAAGAUGCCAUUUUGUUCAACAACAAACUAAACAGCACUUCCCAAGGCCUGGUGAAUAAGCUUCCUGGCCUCAAACUUGUGGUCUUUGAUAUCUACCAUCCUCUCUUGGAUAUGAUCAGGAAGCCCAGUGACAAUGGGUUCUUUGAGUCAAGAAGGGCUUGCUGUGGAACAGGUACAUUAGAGACCUCACUGCUCUGCAAUGCUGCGUCGGUGGGAACAUGCUCCAAUGCCACAGCGUAUGUGUUUUGGGAUGGAUUCCAUCCCUCUGAAGCUGCAAACCAGGUCUUGGCUGGUGAUCUACUUGAACAGGGGUUCGACCUCAUCUCUUAG